CGGGAACGAGGCACUGAUGCUGUACCCUCGCGCGCUGCAUGAGACGCCAUGACAGUCUGUCACCUCCAGUACCAACAACAAUCAUCACCGUCUCUGAUGGUGCAAGGCGUGCCGCGGCGCACCGGAGCCCCAUGUGAUAACUGAAGGGAGGUGUUGGAGGCGGUGGAGGAGGCGGCGGCGGCGUCCUAAAAGAGUUUGCUGGUCCUCACUAUUUAUCACUCCAGAUCCAGGCCACCCCGGGACGGAGCUGCACUGUAGCGCUCGUAAUUUGGACGCUUUGGAUACCCAUCUUGUAGUCAUACAGUCUGUCGGAAGGCUUUUCCGGUUUUGUUUGUUCGUUUUUUGUUUUUGUUCUUUGAGACUGAAGACGACGAGAGUUCAUCUUUGUGGUUGUUCGCCAUGGGAGCAGAGAGCUCAGUGCAGCGGGACGGGAAGAGCCAGGAGGAUGCAUCAGCUUCAGCCUCCGCCGGGGAGCUGAGUGCGGAGGUGAACGUGCUCCAGGAGGGAGGCAGCGUCCUCGACAGCAAGGCCUUGCAGAAAAAUGGACAAAUCUCCAGCUUGACCAGUUUGAACGGACACUCAGAGGACGACACGCUUGCAGAGGUUGGCCAGCCAGAUGGUGUGUCUGUGGCUCAGAAGGAGGAAGCUCCAGAAACUACGGACACCAUCCAGGAUGAAGUGGCUCCUCAAGUGAAUGGCGAGAAAAUGGAGAAAGAGUCUCCUGAUGCCAAUGACAUAACUGCUAUUGAGGAGAAAGCAGCAGAGGAGAAACCUGAAGAUGCCAGUGAAGUAGGCUUCAAGAAGAUCUUCCGGUUUGUUGGCUUUAAGUUCACACUGAAGAAGGACAAGAGUGAAGAGAAAGAUCCUGUGAAGCUGCUGACAGUGAAAGAUAAAGAAGGAGAGGAGGUUAGUAAGACUGAAGAACCGACAAAGGAGACAGAGGCCACCACUGCUGAGGAAAAGGGAACCACUGAAGAAGAGCAGCCUGAUACAGAGGCAUCUGCUGCUGAGGUCGAAGUCAUUAAAGAGAGCGACAAAGCAGAAACCCCUGAUGCUCAGACUGAAGGCACUGCUACUGAAGUUACUGAUGAAGCAGUCAAGGAGGAAGUUGCUGAGAAGGAAGCAGAGACCACUCCACCAGCCCAGGAGACCGCCAUGUCCCCCUUGAGAAAGUUCUUCAAUGUAGGACUCUUCUCUAACCUGAGAAAGAAAGCCAGCAUCAAGAAGACGAAAGAGGAGGAAGACAAGGAGGCAGCUGUUGAGGAGGAGACUGCAAAAACAGAGGAAACUGCUUCUGCUGUGGAAGAACAGGAAGAGAAGGAUGUGGCAGAGCAAGAAACCAAGGAGGCAACGCCAGAAACUCCUGUGGAAGGAACGACAGAGCCCAAGGAUGAGGCACCAGCUACUCCAGAAGAAGUGAAAUCUGAGAUUACCCCAGAGCCUGAGGUCACCGUGGAAGCCCCAGUUCCUGCAGAAACAACUACUGAUGAGACCAAACAAGAAGAGGAAAAGGCUGAACCUUGUGCAGAAGAGGAGAAGGCUCCAGCAGAGGUAACUUCUGAGGCUGAGAUGCUUUCCUCACAGGAGAAGGCAAAGCCCCAGGGAAGCCCCCUGAAGAAGCUUUUCACUGGUGCUGGCUUGAAAAAGCUUUCAACUAAGAAACAGAAGGCUAAGAAAGAAACUGAGACCAAGGUCACGGAGUCUGGGGAGCAGGCAGCUGAGCAGCUUCAAUCCUCUACUGAGUCAGCAGAAGCUCCAAAAGCUGACAGUGGAGCCUCAUCACCCGAGGAGUCAGGAGAGCAUGUAAUUGCUGUGGAGGUGCCCCAGAAUGAGUCUAGCCAAGAGACUGAUGGUGAAGUUGUCUCUGAUGGAGAGAAGAAAAAGGAGGGUAUCAUAGCCUGGUCCUCCUUCAAGAAACUAGUAACACCCAAAAAGCGUGUGAAAAGGUCUUCUGAGAGUGAAGAUGAAGCCACAGGUGACAAGCCAGCCAAGUCAGCCACCCUGUCCUCUUCUGAGAGUGCCGCGUUAGCAGAUAAAAGUGUUGAAGAGGAGGCUAAGGAGGAUAAGCCAACUGAGGAAGAGCCAAAGACUGAAAACACUGAGAAACUGGUCAGCAGCACUGAGGAGCCCAAAAAGAAAAUGGACACCUCUGUCUCCUGGGAGGCCCUAAUGUGUAUGGGUGGACCUAAAAAGAGGAGUAGGAGAACCUCUGACUCUGAUGAUGAGGAGACCAAGAUUGAAGGGGAGUUGCCAGCAGCAGCAGAAGGGGAGCAGGAGGGCAAAGCAGAAGCUGCCAUUGUCACCUCCCAAAACUCAGAGCGCGAGGGAGAAGUUGUUUCCUCCCUUGAAUCUUCAAGCAGCCACCCUGAAAGAGAGUCUGCCUGGGACACGCUGAAACGCAUUGUUAUGCCUAAGAAUAAGGCUAAAGUUGAGGAAAAGCCUGAGGAGUCUGCAGAACAAGUGCAGUCAGACAGUGAAGCACCAAAAGACGAGUCAUCAUUCUCUUUGAAGAAGUUCUUGCCUGGGCGCAGAAAGAAGAAGGCUGAAAAACAAGCCUCCACUGAACAGGGCUCAAGUGAGGAAGAGUCUGACACCCCAGCUGUGGUUCCCCUGUCAGAGUAUAACGAUCAAGCUGAAGCUGAACAGGAAGCAGCUGCUGAACCAGCUGCUGAACCAGUUGCUGAACCAGCUGCAGUCCAGACUAAAGUGUCUGCCGAAGACAGAUCACCUUCAUGGAUCCCAGCCACUGUGGAAGACAGUGACGAUAAACAUGAGGAGUUGAGCGACAUUCCAGAGGAAGCUGAAAAUACUGCCACACCAAAGUCUGUUGACACUGACAUUGCAGAAGAUGAAACUGAAGAUGAGCCUCCUGUUUCUCCUAAAGCUCUAGAGCACAGAGGACGCAGACUGUCCACAGCUGAAGUGAAGCCUGUAGCUCCAACUCCUUCUGCAGAAACUACUCCUGUUCCUCAGGGACCCAAGCCAGAGAGUGCAGAGGAGGUCAUGGCCGCCGUAGAGGCCCAGGUUAGUGCACUCUCACCUCAGACAUCUGUGACAACCGAAGAUCUGCCAAUAGAGGUAGCCUCUGAAAAAACAGAGUAUGAACCACCAACUGAGAAAGCAGAGACCAAGACAACUACCAUCCUGGAACCACACGCUCGUGAAGAGGCCAUGGCCAUCUGCACUGGUCUAGGAACCAAGGAGAUUGCCAAAGUAGCUCUGGAGAAGCCCGCAAUGCCCAUUGUAGAGUGUGUGGCUGUGAUCCGUGAUGGGUUAAGCACAGAGGUGUCAAUGGAAGAGAAGCCACCAUGUACUGAAGAAGCUAUUGUUAAAGAAGAGGCAAUACUCAAGGCUCAGUUGCACCAAGUAGAAACCACUGAACUUGAGCCCGCUGUUGAAAACUCACUGAGUGGAGUGGCAGACAUUCAAGCAGCCAGUGAGAGCUGUGAACCUCAGAUUGAGAAGGUUGGGAUUGUCAGCACUGCUGAAGUCCUUCAGACGGCCACCAUGAGCGAGAACUCUCCUAAAGUUGUUGUAGUCAGUCCCAUCACACCGACAACUGAAGCAGCUGUUUGCACCCCAAGCACAGAAAUCACUGAGGCAAAUGUAGAAAUCAAGGAUGUGAAGAUGGACAUGCAGCAGCUCGCUGCCACUGAAGAAAAUACUCCUGUAAAAGAGGUAGUUGAAGCCUUAUGUGAAACAACAAAGGUCACCCUGACAAAAGAGGCUGUGCCAGACAUCCCUGUAGUUGUACCAAGUGAGGAGGUUCCUGUUGUCACCAAAGCAGUGAUUCUUAUCGCCCCGCCCUGUGUGGAGGCUGAUCAAGUGGCAGCAACAGAUGUGGUGACCAUGUCAGAGCCAGACGGCGAUGAACAAAUCCAGCAGCAAGAAACCAAGGAGGAGAGUACAGCUGUAGACACCACGGCGCUCACUGUUGUUCAGACAGCAGAUUCAGAGACCAGUGCCAUCACUGACCAGGCCAGCAAGACAAUGGAGGAAAUCAAGGACGAUGUCCAGCAGGAAAGUGAAAUUGAAGCUCAGAGCAUGGUGAUUGCCCAGGCUGUCAUUCAGGAUGCAAUGGACCAAGUUACAGAAGAGCCACCUGAGCCUUCAAAGCCGACCACCCCAACAGCCAGCACGCCAGCACCAGUCCAGGCUAUAGCAACAACUGAGAAAGAGAUUGAGACGACAAAAGAGAUGCCUUUUAUUACUGAAGCCCCCGUUGUUGUCACCUGCGAGAAGCCACCUCAGUCGCUCUGUGUUGCCAUGGAGGUCACUGACACAAUCCCAGUAGAGGUUACACAGAGCCUUGAUGCCUCUGAAGAGGAGCAGAAGAAACCAGAAGAAGGGUUGAAGAAAGCUGUGGAGGUAAAAGUAAGUGAAGAAACUGUCAUAGUGGAGGAAGUGGUGGAAAUAAAAGCAGAGAGUCAGACAGGUGAAGAGCUUGAACAGAUCAAGGAGGAAGAGAGCAAAGAAGACACAGGGGUUCAGGAAACAGAUGUAAAAGAAGCAGCGAAGGAAGUGGAGCCACAGUCAGAAGAAGCAAAGUCAGAGGCCCCUUCAGAGGAGGACAAAGAGAAAGUGAUUCACAUGCCAGUCCAGGUGGUCCUGCAGACAGCACAGGUGAUUGAGGAACCAUCAGUGGAAGAAGAGGCUGUGGAAGAGUUUGACAGCAACGGUCCUGUGGCCGAAGACACCAGUGUAAAAGCUGAGCAUGCUGCAAGUGAAAACAAACUCUCAACACUGUCAGAAGAAACUCAAGUGACAGAGUCAGCAGAGGUUUCCAGUCCCAGCCAAGACACAGAAGCAGCAGCCAGCCAACCAGAGACGGAGAAAAACCCAUCAGCAAAGUGUGCAGAAGUGAUGGCACAGGUGAUCGAGGUGAUCGAGGAGGCUGUGAAGGAGAUCGAGCCUUCGUCCACAGAGAUCACAGCAGCAUCAUGAGCAGCUGAAGAUACAAGACUGACGCCUGGGAGACACUCUGUCUGGACCAGGAAGUGAUGAGGAAGGGACAGAGAGAGAGAGAGAGAGAGAGAGAGAGAGAGAGAGGCAGCUCUGUGGUAACACACUGAGACUGGGCUCCACCCAUCCCGCCCAGAGAGACUGAGUGACUAAGAAACAGAUCCGCCAUUGUCUCCACCUCCCCUUCCACCUGUACUCAAACCCCAUGCUGCCGCCUUGUCGCCCCGUCCCACCUCCGUAUCCUCACCCACUCACUUACUCUCUCACACACACACACACACGCACACACACACACACACACACGCUGAAGCAUGUCCCCGUGCCUCAGAAGCAGCCCACCUGGCUUGUAAUCAGUGUGAUGUAUGUCUCAGUGACUUUCCAUUGCCCUUGCCGCAUAAGACAAAAAGUCAGCAACCUGGUCGAGUGUGUUUCUGUCCGCAUGUGUGUGUGUGUGUGUUUGUAUGUGUAUAGUAGCGUGAGUGAGAUGGCAUCAGAAGGUGAAAAAAAAUGGAGGUUUAUUAUCUUGUAUAUUGUAUUUAUAUCUUAAGUAUUCUUUAAUUCACCCAUAUGUUUCUAUUAUUUUCAGCUUUUGACCUGUUUUGUUUAUGUAUGGACAUUGUUGGUUGUUUUUAAAAUUCCCAUAUUAAGCUGUGACACAUCAGUCCUUAGAGCAACGUUAUGACAGUCAGUUUGCUUCCAAAACAAAUGUUGCAUGUAAGUGGCCGCUGUAUCACAGCUUUAGCAGUCGUAUUCAGUGAUUAUUUCAAAACUCUGUAGCAAUUAAAACUAAACCAUGGUACAAGUGUGAUUCCACUGACAGUAAGUGAUGACACUGACUGAAAAACAAAAAAAAAAAACAAUAACAAGAGGGCAGACUUUGAUGAUACGUACCAGAAAUGCACCACAAGUUUUACUCUUGAGACGUUUUCUUGUCAUGUGUUCUCACUCUGCAAAAUGUUUCAUAAGCUUCGUGUAGACAAGACAAACAAGUCACUGCCUGAUUUACUGUGAAAAAGACGUUGUUACACAUUGUUUCAUGUAAUAAUACAAUAAAAUCCUAUUAUAACACCCUCAUCUGAUCAUGUGGCAGAGGUAUUUAGUAAUGUGUAAAGGAUACAUAACGCCAGUUUGUGACACUGGAAGAGUCCUACUGCUUAGACACGUGCAUGUAAGAACAACUUAUGAAGCGUAUCAUGUUCACACUGUUUAUUGGCCUUGUCUUCUGGGUUACUAUGUGUGACAUACUGUAUGUAUUAUUUGUGUGCAGCAGAUUUAACAUUUCAUUACCAGACUAUAUUUAUGUUCCUUGAAAAGACUGUGUAUUGACGCCCUCUGUUGCUUACAAAAAGUACUGCACCCUUUAGUUUUCAGUCAUCUGUGCCAUCACUGAGAGUUUUAACAAGGGUGAUAAAGUGUGAAAAUGCUCUUUUUUUCAGUCCAACCUUAUGGUACCUGUUAUGUUUUUCACCCAGCAUGACAGCUCAGGUUCAUUAAACUGGCACCACGCUGGAGGUAGACUCACGGGCUGGGCAUAUAGAGAGGCACAGACACUUGACUGCUUGGUACCAGGAGUGAAAACAAAAGCUUGUUUUUAUUCUUUAUUUGAAAGCUAAAUCAAGUUAAGGUCAUGAUCUUUCCAUUGCUCACGGGUUAAGACAUCAGUUGCAUCCAAUUAAACCCUCCGCAACUUUGGGUCAUGCAUCAAACCUAUUAAGGUCAGGGUUUAUUUUUGAAGUGGGAGAGUCUUUAUCAUGGAGGAAUAUCUGAAACACUCCUGGGAUCCAGGUUUAUCGCCAAAGCAAACAUGUGACCGUGGGUUACACUGGCAUUUUGUUUCCUUCCUACCAAAUUUUGCACUGUGUUAAUCACCGAGACUUUUUGAGAAUUAACUGUGAGUGCUUUUAGUCCGAUAGUGGCGGACACCAGCAUCUCCAGAGGCUCAAAUUUCACUCGGCUUUACGACCAAAUGGGAGGGAGAUCAGGAAGUACUGACCCCUGUUAGGUCACCACUUCCCUUUAUUUUGACUCUAGAACGUAUGUCACAUCCAUACUUGCUUUAUGUAAAAAUAGGUGAUUAAAAAAAUCCACAGCGAACGAAAGAACUUAGCUAUUGUUGCAUAAUGUAAAGCAUUUAGUUGGGGUGCUUGCCCACUUCAGUCCUCCCUGCUUUUUUGUAACACCACUUAACUGUGAACUUGUUAACAUUUGUACAGAUUGUUUACCCACUGUAUGUACUUAAAAAUCAUACCGUUGUAAUAUUAACUAAUUACCUGCAGCCAUUUAGCAUUAUAUUUGUGUAGCAUGGUCUUAGCUUUUAUAUUCUACAAGCUGUUGAUAGUAAGAAUACAGAAACGUGUCUAUAUUUCAUUCAAUAAAGUUAGAGAAAAUCUC